UGGUUUCGGUUUCGGUGUCCUCAUCGCUCACCCCGAGCAGUUUUUGUACUUCUACACUUUGGAUCCUCACCUUCUUGUGGUUUUCUCUAAGUGUAUGAAUUAUGAAAACUCUUUAUUCGCCUUACCAAAGACCAUUUUGGAUUACCUUUUAGCAGGCUAGUGAGAGUGAGAUGAACACAGGGAGAUGACCAGGAUGGGCUCAGCCUCACAAGGCGACACCAACCCUCGCCGUACCAGGGGUGGCAAGCAAGGAGCGCUUUACUCGGAUUAUUACGAGGAUGAAAAGGAAGAAACUCAAGCACCACAGCGCAGUAUAUCCUUGAGUGCCCUUCACACUAGUUCUGCACCCUUGGAACCCAGGAUGGCUCAGCUGGAGACCCUGGAGGCAAAGAUGGCCAGUAUAGAGGUGUCUCUGUCAACUACCCCGAGACGCAAGAAAGCCGCCACCGCACCAGCUACGCCUACCGCCCCCACAACCCACACUCCACCUGCCAACAAUCUGUUCCGCUCUGCCAAGGACGUUGCUCAGGAGUUAGAAUUGCUCAGGACCACACUUAGAGACAAGGAAAACGUCAUCCACAGUUUGAAAGGUCAGCUGUGCACGUCUCUGAGCAUCAACAGGUUGUCUGCAACAUUCCUCCAGCGACAAGCGUCGUCACAGCCUCUCACAGAGAAGGAGCGUCGUGCUGCCGAGGACAGACUCUCUAGGCUGCGAGCUGAACUGGACACCAAACGACUGGCCAUCAAAAAUAUCAAGCUGGCUCUAGAGCGUCUAGACAUUACCGACAACAUAGACGUGAGAAUCCAACAGGCUGAACUGGAAUAUCAGUUGGGGAGAGAGGAACUUAAUCUGCUUAGUAUCUUGGAAGAAAGUAGAAAUCUACAAGCAGCACUUGAAUCUAGUAACAAUCGAGAGAGCGCCACUAUCUUCAACUAUGUGAAGGACAGUUCCGCAGUGACGUUGCAUGCUGUAGAGUUGGUGUUUGACCCCAAAAGUCCUCGGUUUGGGGCAGCUCCUAGAGACGACAACUCCGGGCUGUACGUGGAGUGGGCGGUUGAGGACUCUGGCCUCAUCAAAGGAGAUCGGUUGUUGGAGGCCAAUGGCAAAGUAGUUCUCUGCAAGAGCAAGGACGAGCUCUUCAAGUUGUUGGCAGUAUCACCAAACCCAGCCCAACUGGUGGUAAUGAGAAGACAACCACCCCACCUAGAACAACUUAUGUCAUCCCUCCGAGCUGAACUUCUAUCUGUUAGGGAAAAGGCAGGUGAAGCAGAGCGCACAAGAGAUAGUUUUCGGAGUGACAAUUUACGAUUGACACAUCGCAUAUCUUAUCUGGAAGAACAGGUUGCUGAUCUUCUUGAAAGGGCAAGAGAGGAGAUCAGGCCCCAAAGUUCCAAUGCCUCGACUGCAUCAAGUGUCAAGUCACCCUCACCACGGCCAGAGGUUCAAGUGUUCCAGAAGGGACCCCAAGUGGCCUUGGUGGCUAACCUUCCUGGACUUGAAGUUGGAAACAAGAGUGCAACAGAGACAAAACAGUUACCAACAGUUAAAGCCCCUAAUAAACUAGAAGACUCAAAGCUCAAAAAUGUAAAAUCUUUAGAGAAAAUAUCUGCCUCGGAUACAGAAAAACGUCGAAGAUCAAAAAAGAAGGAAUCACAUUUAUACAGUGCGAGAAGUACAAAUUCUUUAGAUGUUGAAAGCACAAUUUUUGCAAAAUGUCACAAACACAAUCAAACUCAUUUUACAGAAAAGAAUAAGAACACAGAUUACAGUUCUGAAACUCUAAGUGAGAAAAAUUCCCACAGAAGACAUUCUGAAAGUAUGGAACAACGGCAAAAACACAUCAGAGAUGCACGGUCGUCGCUGUUUGACCUUAAUGAAAAAGAAAAAAUCAAUCACAAACUAGAUUUUGAACCAGAGUUAAAUUAUAACCGGCCUAGUUCUUGCCAACCGAUGUCAAAAAUUGAAACAGUUAGUCAGAAGUCUUUAGAUUACAGCUCUGAAUCAUCUUCAAGAUAUUACAAAAAACACUCAGAUCCUAGAGUUGCAAGACCAGUUCCGCCGAAAAAACCAUUGAGGCUGUCUUUACAUAGAGCAACUAGUCUCCAGUCAGUGGAAAACGGAGAUAAGAAACCGAUAAAACGCAAUCACAAGGGUGAAGCCCCCCUGGGACUGUGGCCCACCGCAGUAGCUUCUCUACAGUCAGCAACGUACCGCAGCAAGUCUAGUCUUGCUGAGAAGUGGUGUUGAUGAAAAGUGACAGUUCCUACCGGUAUCAUUGAGGGAAGCAUGCAUAAGAAUGAUGGGUACUUUAGUAUUAUCUGGAGGCCACCCUUAUACAGCACGCUGUGGCGGUUAUGUUAGGUUUGGUUAUCAUAAAUAUGUUUGUAGGACUUUCCUCGUUUCGUUAUGAAUCGAACAAUACCAGAUGAGCCAUACUUUCGCAAGCCAAAUUGUCUUCAAGUAGGCCAAGGUCAGGUCGUUGACCGGAGCCCGCGCAUCACAUGUCACUGCCUGUAUCUGGGGUAUUUGGCGGGUGAUAUAAGGCAAAGUAUGACUCAUCUGGUAUCGUUCAAUUCAUAGCAAAAUGAGGAAAGUCUUACAAACAUAUUUAUGAUAACCAAACCUAAAAUAACCGCCGCAAUGCGCUGUAUACCUACUUGGCAGAGUAUAGCGGCGGCGACGCAUUCAACUCAAUCCUCGCCGACAUUGCUGCCUUCUGGGAGGCAGAACUCAAAGGCCGCUAAUCGUAAUCAUGUCAAAUUUGGACAGUAAGUCAAUUAAAUAAAGUAUGUACUUUCCAAUUAUGUAGUUAUUUAUGGUCUUAAGUAAAAAAAUCUCUCAAAAAAAAGUGGCCUCCGGAUAAUACCAAAGUACGAUGUUGUCUACUUGUAGGCCUAUGUCGAUUUUCACCAGUUGCAACAAAUCUAAUCUUGUUUAUUAUAUAGCGUCCUCAGUAGCUUUGUAUUAUUGUCCCUAAUAUAGUUAUCAUGACAUCAGACAAAUAUAAUCUGGAUUUAAAAAAUACUAGCCGGAAUGAAUGGAGAUUUUACAUAAAAUCUUAUUUUCAUGUUUCAGCUGCAUAUUUAUUAAAUUAUUAGCUUACCAUUUCCAACCAUCUUUUACACUGGUUGUUAUUAUAUUUUAAAUCUCAUCAAACACAAAUACAACAAAAACAAAUCCAAAUAGAUUAGUUUUCUACAGUGUCUUUUUAACUGCUUUUAAAAAAAUAGACUAAUACAAAAACGUCCAGGUACCGUAAAAUGUUAUCUUUAUUACAAUAGAACAGUUAGUCACACUGUCAUACUGGUGAAAAUGUGUAUUUUGUAUAUAAUAUAUAUAUAUGAAUAUGUAAUAAAAAGUAUUGUAAAUGCUUAA